AUGGGCAAGUCGCAUAAAGAGAGUAAGAGGAAGAAGGCUUCCGACGCUGAGGCAGAAACGUACGUCAUUCAAUCUGAAGAUACAACUCCGAAACUAGAUACAUCGAAUUGGCCACUUCUGCUCAAGAAUGUGCAUCUGAUGAAUGUUCGGGACUGUCAUUUUGAACCUAGUGAUCGGGGCUACUCUCCCUUGAAUCGACCCCUCAGUGAAUACAUAAAGCAUGGUGUCAUCAACUUGGAUAAACCAUCUAACCCGUCCUCACAUGAAGUUGUUGCGUGGGUGAAGCGCGCCUUAAAAGUGGAGAAGACAGGUCAUAGUGGCACUUUAGACCCUAAAGUCACUGGUUGCCUUAUUGUUUGCAUCGACAGGUCUACUCGUUUGGUUAAAUCACAGCAAAAUGCGGGCAAAGUUUACAUUACAAUAUUCCGCCUUCAUGAAGGUGCACCAAGUUUAAAGCGUGUUCAGCAAGCCUGUGAAACAUUAAGGGGCGCCCUCUUCCAGCGUCCGCCGGUAAUUUCUGCUGUCAAGCGACAACUGCGCAUUCGGACAAUAUUCCGUAGCGAUUUACUGGAAUACGAUCAAGAAAAGCGCAUUGGAUUGAUUCGACUUGAUUGCGAGGCUGGUACUUACGUUCGAACAUACUGUGUUCAUCUUGGCCUCAUGCUUGGUUGUGGCGGCGUCAUGGAGGAACUUCGGAGAAUCCGUUCCGGAAUUCUCACAGAGGAAGAUAACAUGGUUACUAUGCAUGAUGUUCUCGAUGCUCAAUGGGUUUAUGAGAACUGCCAUGAUGAAAGUUACUUGCGUCGGGUUAUCAUGCCCCUGGAAAAGUUGCUCAUCGGUCACAAGCGCAUAAUGGUGAAGGAUUCGACUGUCAGUGCCCUCUGCUUCGGUGCGAAGCUUAUGCUUCCUGGCAUUCUUCGUUAUGAUGAUAACAUUAAUAUAGGUGACGAAAUUGUUCUCAUUUCUACCAAAGGUGAAGCGAUUGCUCUUGCUAUUGCUAACGUGGUCACCGCCGCGAUAGCAACGUGUGAUCAUGGUCCCGUUGCUAAACUCAAGCGUGUGAUUAUGGACCGGGAACUUUAUCCUCGUCAAUGGGGACUCGGGCCCGUAGCGACACGACGCAAACUAGAGCGUGCCAUGCUAAACCAGGGAACGCCUGGUGCAAGUGAAGUUGAGGCGAAGAAAGAUCCGCCGCCGAAAAAACGGCUACGUCAAGCCUCCUCCUCUUCCUCAUCAUCGUCGUCGUCGUCGUCGACGGAUUCGAGCGAAUGA